CAAGCCUCGAUCAAUAAUAUUAUCAGACAAGAACACAUCCAUUGGUCUUCGUCAUUUUUACUGUUCCAAGGACAAUGACAGUUGAUUUUUCCCUUCAGCAAUGGUAUUAGCCAUGUCCGUUCAAUUUUCGCCCAACAUUGAUGUUCAGGCUCUGAUGUCACCUCCGGCUCCGUUGCAACCAUCGCCUAUCUGGCCAUCCUCGUAUCCGCCUUCCAAACCUUCCGACACGGUGGCGGCGCAUGCCCUCUUGGAUUUGCACCAUCCUUCGACUCACACCGGGAGUCCCAUCAAAAUCAAAUUGGAGCCGUUGCAUGCUUGGUCAGACACGCGUUUUUCCGAAGAGUCCAAGGACGAUAGUGCCCACAUGGAUCGGCAUAGAAAGAGACCCUACUCCUACUCCUCGUCCUCCUCCAAUCGUCAACUUGCCUGUUUCUCCACGGCUUUACCUGCCAUGGAUCCCGUACGACAAGCCAGUCAUGCCUCGCCCGAACGGUUGCCAUCGUUGGCCGAGUAUAUUCAAGACAACCUGCUGAAAAAAGACGACCACUUAAAUCCCACCAUCAUACACACCUCAGAACCAUACCAGAGCGGUAUGACUGAUCCCGCUGCCAUGCACGGCCCGCCUGAUGUGUACAGGGAUUUUUAUGAAGGCGAGUUGACCGUCCACGCGAACGGGGCUCCUGUCAUAUCGCGUGAUGCUUCCAGUUCGUCCCAAUCAUGCAGCUCACAGCCUCUGUCACCUUGCUCUACCAUGGCCAUCGGUCACCCUCCGCCACGGCAUCGAUCGUUUAUUCAAGCACAAGAGCCGUCGCGUGAUACCGAAGCCCAGUCCUCGACGACGUUGAGCCACCCCAUCCAUCGAUCACCGACAGAGAGAGAGUUGGACGCUCCCGAGACUUCUGAAGAAAAUGAUCAGAAUGAAUCCAAUCGAAACGGCAAAUUGCUUCCGCGUACUUCGCAUCGCCUCGGUCGACGUUACGGACGUCGCAAGGCAGAGGACAGCAACAAGGACAAAGGUGACACGCAAGCGACGUAUUCACAACAGUAUCACCACUCGCGAUCCACACCCAUGAAACCGCGUUGGCAAGAUUCAGAGCGUUUGGAUCUCUUGGAAGCCGUGAUCAAAGAAAAGAAUUUGAAUGACAUGUCCACGUUUCGGUGGGAUCGCAUUGCCUUAGCCGUCGGUCGUGCCAAAAAAGCGUGCAAGGAUCAAUGGCGUCGCGAAGUCUUGCCUGCCUUGAGAAGAAGUAUUCGCUCUACUCCCGCUCAUCCUUCCAACGACGAGGAUCCAAACUAAUACCGAUACACAAGCAACUUUGACAUUCCUUUUCCACCCUUCUAUUCUUAUCAAUCCUUUAGUUCUUUUUUCUUUGUUAGACUUUAUAUAAAUUGAGGCAAAAUAAAGUUUUGGAAUUCCAUCGUGCAUGCUUCAGUCAAAUCAUUAUGCACCACUGAAUAUCGAAUCACUCUAGAAAAACAGUUGACUUAGAAAACGCUCACCCACCCACAGCAACAAGACGACAGCCCAUGAAUGUUCCUUCUUUUUUUUUGUGCACUCCUCCCUCUUUCCGCAAAUAUUGUCUGAUUCAGGGUAUUCCGCCGUCGCAGAGCGGUGUAUUGAAGAGAGAGCGAUGACUUCGAGGGAUUUAAGCAGUCCAAACAAGAGAAAAGAGCUCCUCUUCGAAUAGUGGGUCC